UUUCAAUCAUACCAUUGUCAAGAUGCUCAGAACUCUCGUUGGCCUCAGUGCCGUGCUGCCCGCUGUGUUGGCCUCGCCCUAUCAACACCAGAAACGGGCUGACAUCGAUGCGUUCAUCGAGAAGGAAAACCCAAUUGCUCGACAGGGAAUCCUGAACAACAUUGGCGCCGAUGGGAAGCUUGUUCCUGGCGCUGGUGCGGGCAUUGUUGUUGCGUCGCCUUCUGAGGAGUACCUUUACACCUGGACCCGUGAUGCGGCUUUAACCUUCCUCGACUUGAUUCACGAGUUCAUCGAGGGCGAUAAGGAUCUUGAGCCGCUCAUCCAGCAGUACAUCACCGGGCAGGCGAAGCUUCAAACUGUGGCCAACCCCUCCGGAUCCUUGGAGGAUGGCGCUGGACUGGCUGAACCCAAGUUCAACAUCGAUUCAACUGCAUUCGAGGAAGAAUGGGGGCGACCUCAGCGUGACGGGCCGGCUUUACGUGCGCAGGCCCUGAUUGCGUACGGAAACUCCAUUCUCGAGGACAAGAAGGAGAAGGUGGUACAGAACAUCUGGCCUCUCGUUUCGAACGAUUUGUCCUACGUCGGCCAGUACUGGAACGGAGAGGGUUUUGAUCUGUGGGAGGAAGUCAACGCCACCUCUGUGUUCACCAUCUCGGUGCAGCAUAAGGCCCUCGUCGAAGGCGCUGCCUUCGCUAAGGCCCUUGGCAAAGAGUGCGCUGGCUGCAAGGUCGCUCCCCAGAUCCUUUGCCGUCUUCAGGAGUUCUGGGAUGGCAAGCAGAUCAUCUCGAACCAGCCCAGCAACGGCCGCGGCGGCUUGGACCUCGCCUCCAUACUGACCUCUCUGAACGCCUUCGACUCUGGCGCGAAGACCUGCGACGACGAGACCCUGCAGCCCUGCUCUGCCCGAGCGCUCGCCAACCACAAGGCGGUCGUCGACUCUUUCCGCGAUACCUACGGAAUCAACGGUGAUCGCAAGGCCGGCAAGGGCGCCGCCGUCGGUCGCUACAAGGAGGACACCUACCAGGGCGGCAACCCCUGGUACCUCGGCACCACUGCCGCCGCCGAGCUCCUUUACGACGCUCUCUACCAGUGGGACAAGCAGGGCACCUUGGAGGUCACCGAUCUGUCGCUCCCAUUUUUCAACGACGUCGCACCCGACGCGGCCGUCGGAAAGUUCGAGAAGGGCUCCGACGAGUACAAGACCAUCACCGAGGCUAUCAAGGCCUACGCUGAUGACUUCAUCGCCGUCGUCCAGGAGUACACCCCUGAGAAUGGAGGCCUGAACGAGCAGUAUGGCCGCGACGACGGCCAGCCUACCUCUGUUGAGAACCUCACCUGGUCUUUCGCUGCGUUCCGCUCUGCUGUUGCCCGACGUGCUGGUAACGUCCCCCCCGCUUGGGGCAGCGAUUCUUCCGCUUCUGUUCCGAGCGAGUGUUCUGGUGACACUGUCCCGGGCGAGUAUGCUGAGCCUAAGCCUGGUGACUGGUAA